ACGACUACAAUUGUUGACUUCAACGGUUACACUCUUCGGGAUUCUUUUUGUACCCUUCUCCAACAAGAUCACUUCUACGCGAUUAUUCUCUUCCCAGAUUGUCACGCUGAAUGGCCGACCGGAGCUCCCCGCCCAGCCAUCGUUCCGGCUCUGACGACUUAUCAGAUGAAUUCCAUCCAGCAUUCGAAUACUUCAACAACGACGAAUAUGACGACAACGAUGACAUGGACUACGAACCACCAAGGGGUCUAGAACACUUGUUUUUCGAUCUUGCUGAAGAGGACGUCAACGACGAUGACGAUGAAAAUUAUGAAGAGGAAGAGCCUGAGGAAAGCGAGGAUGAUGACGAGGAAGAGGACGAAGGGCAUGGUGAAAACAGAGUUUACCAAGGAAACAUACAAAUCGAGUUGACCGUGGGUCCGAUGGGUGAUGAGCAGACGGGAGAUGACGAGCAGCGGUCUCGACAAGCAAGAGCAACUACAGCCCAAGUGAUACGACUUCUCGGCGGCGGAGGCUUUCGGCGUCUCCUUCAGUCUCGCGGGGUUUUUGGCGGCGGUGCUUUCGUUGUCGAUGAAGAGGAUGAUGAGAACGAUGACGAUGACUUUGGUGGUUAUUCAUCUCUUCGUUUUCGUCGGCGGAGACGAAACCGUACGGCGCGUCACGCGUAUCCGAAUGUCCCCAGCGAGAAUGGAAUAGCAUUGAUGAAUUCUGGAUUGUACGGCAAUAAUCCCAAUUAUGUGGAUGAAGCGAAGAGACGCAAGAAGAAAUUGGCUACGAGAAUUAUGUGGCGUGAGCUCGGUAUUGGAUCACCAGGAGAAAGAAAACGAGAUUCAGGCUUGGUGUUUCAGGACUUGAUACCAUCAACCACGGCAGAAAAGAUCAUCUACUAUAAUGCGCGAUGUUACUCUGGCCAAUUUUCGGACGACGGGAAUUUCUUCUUUAAUUGCGGACAGGACUUCAGAGUGCGCAUGUACGAUACCGCUAAUCCCCAUGAUUGGAAAUACUACAAAACCGUGCGAUUUAUAGGAGGACAAUGGACAAUCACAGACGCCACACUUAGUCCCGACAACAGAUAUCUUGCGGCAAGCUCGAUCCAGAGACAAGUCACGCUAGCAGCCACGGAUCCUAAUGACAAGUCCGAACCUAUGCUACUCGAUUUUUCCGCAAAUCGGGGAGAAGAUUGGGGUGGUUUUGGAAUAUGGUCUCUCCGCUUUUCCGGUGACGGACGGGAGAUCGUCGCUGGUACAUCCGAUAAAUCCGUGGUUGUAUAUGACAUCGAGACACAACAGGGUAUACUUCGAUUGCGAAAACAUGACGAUGACGUGAAUGCAGUCUGUUACGGAGACUCGUUAUCACCGCAUAUUCUCUAUUCCGGCUCAGACGACACCACAAUCCGCGUCUGGGAUCGACGUUCCAUGAACGACAGUCGCGAAGCUGGGGCUUUUGUAGGUCAUACCGAAGGCUUAACCUACGUCGACAGCAAAGGUGACGGUCGUUACGUUCUAUCAAACGGCAAAGACCAGACGAUGAAGUUAUGGGAUUUGCGGAAGAUGGUAACCACCGAGCAAUUCGAUAAAAUUAACAUUACUCAUUACACCACUGGAUUCGACUACCGAUACAUGCCUUACCAUGACGAGGAUUAUACGCCGCACCCCCACGAUUGCUCCGUUGUGACUUAUCGAGGACAUCAAGUAUUACAGACGCUGAUUAGAUGCCACUUUUCUCCGCCAUCUAGUACAAACUCUCGAUAUGUCUAUACCGGAAGCGCCGACGGUAAAGUGUAUAUAUACAAUAUAGACGCAACGCUAGCGGCAGUCAUUGAUGUUGGCGCCAUUACAUCAACUCAUAGAGAACCCCGUGAAUUAGAAGAUCUCGCCCACUGGGGAUGGGGAAUGUCUGAUAAUGCUUGGAGGAACGUUGUACGUGAUGCAAGCUGGCAUCCAUCAGCACCUGUAUUAGCCGCAACAUCCUGGAAUGGCUACGGAGCAUCCUCAGGAACAUGCACCGUCCACUCAUGGAAUGAUUCAGCCCCUGAAGACGAGGGAUAUCCGCCCAUGGGCUUGAGUUAUGACGAAAAACUCAAACCAUCACGUAGAUCAAACAGGUCGUCUGGCGGUCAUAGAUUUGUAUACGACUCUGAUUGAUUUACUUUUUUAGAUGCUGCUAUUCCCUAGUCGGAUGCAUGAUACACUUGUUUAUGAUACAUACGGUCGCCGAGCGCAAACUACUGACGAAUCCUCGCUUUUUGUUCUGUAUAGACGGUCGAGGGGAACUAGAGAAUGCUCUUUGAAAUGUUUUUAGCUUUUCGAUUAUUAUACAUACAUACUCUUCAUGCAUCAGUCGCGGUACAGCGACGGAAAUGGAUGGCCAUUCCAUUCAAUAAGAUUCGCAUUAAAAAAGUUCGACUGUGUAGGUAUAUAAGAAACUGCCUUUGCCCAUCACCCUAUUAAGAUAAGAACUCCUGAACUGUUUGAAUGCAUGUGUCGGCGCGUGUGUAAGGUUAUUUUGUGAGUAUGCGGGUUGUAUGGUGUGUAUGGUGUGGCUGUCGGAUUCAUAUCGGGUUGAAUCGAGCACGCAUGAUAAAUCGAUUAUUCCAAUCUCUGCCCUCCGUGCGCUUUCCCCUUCGAAUUAUUUAACAUCAUAUCGUUGUGCGUCUAGCCGACCAAGACGUUGUUGACGGGGAUGUGGA